CGCCGCCAUUACGGUACAACGAGUCGCUCGCAAAGGUUGGUUGCGUGAAAAGUGAAACAAGUUAAGAAAACGGCAGACAAAAUCGGAUAAAACGUACGGCGAAGGCUUGCCAAAGCUAAUGUGCUGCGCUGAUUUUGCGGAACCGGUGACGAAAGAAGAACAGAAGUGAAGCGGGGCGGGGGAGCGAAGAGUGAACGACACACGUUCAACUUCUCCGCACAUACUAUACACACAUACACACACACGAACACCCCUUCUGGCUAUCUAAGUACACUCCCAUCCCAGAGCGGGGAAGUGUAUGUUCAUUAGGUAGGUUGGACAACCCGGCAACCGAAAGGAUACUGCAUCUGCAUCCGAAGCGAAGGAAAGUACAGCGGACAGAGGGUCAGGAGCAACGCGCAGACCACUAAAGGUGCGGUAGGAUGGCACAGGCCACGGCUACUACUACCGGUUCCCGGCAGCAGUCGGAUGCGGGAGACGAGCUGGUGCCUACAACGCCCACGGACGAUGAGAAUUUGUUCAUCAAUCCAACGGACGGUCUGCCGAACGAGCAUCCGGCCCUACCGAGUGCGUAUGAUUCCGACAGCGAGUCGAACCCUGUUGCGGACGACGAUCUGCUGGACGAUCUGCCCACGUCGAUCAUCGUGACCAACAUCCACUCGGAGGUGUUUGCCGAUGAUGCGCUAAAGGCCAGCCUGGAGGAUCUGUUUCGCACGUUUUCCGAAAACACCACCUUCCAGUGGCUGAAGAGUUUUCGACGGUUGCGCGUCAACUACGACAGUGCGCUGGCGGCGGCAAAUGCGCGCAUUCGGUUGCAUCAGUACCCUUUCGGCAAGUCCGUGAUUAACUGCUAUUUGGCCCAACCGGUGACGCCGGUUUCGAACACAAACCUUAAACCGCCCGCACCCGUCAAGCAGUUCCUUAUAUCGCCGCCUGCGUCACCACCGGCCGGCUGGGAACCGGCCGAGGAGGGUGAACCGCUCGUUAACCAUGACCUGUUGGCAGCCUUGGCCAGUCUAACGCCGGGCGAAAGUCACGAAAUUCACGCCCAAUCUGAGCACCAUCCGGGUAUCAUUCUGCACACGGCAGCCGAGCAGCUGGAAGCUGCGGCAGCAGCCGCCGCAGAUGGCGCAGAUGACGAUGAAACGGGCGCUAAAUCUUCUAGCAUGGGCAGCAGCUUCGAAGACGAUGAUCCGGACAAAGAGAACGCACCGGUCGUUGGAGCGAACGCGCGCAAACCACGCAUCAUGCAAACACGCUGCCCAGAACGUAAAAGUUCCACCUAGAUCGGUUAGAUUGAUCGCGAUCGUUCGAUCGAAGGGAAUGUCAACGUUUCUUCAUACCCGAUGUGAAACAAUUGAGAGAAUUUGUCGCAAUUACGAACGUGAGAGAAACCCUCCUUCGUGCUAUAUAGGUGGAUUUAGCAGAUAUUGUUGGGCUUUAUUGUAGAAAAUGGAAUGAGAUUAUGUAAAAAGUA